AUGGGAGGAAGGGAGAUCCGGGCAAGCCAGGGUGCAGCAGGCCCUGUGGGUACCAAGGGUGUUCAAGGUCUCCAGGGUUUUGAUGGCCAGGAAGGAUCGAAAGGGGAUAUAGGUGGGAAAGGAGAGCCUGGCCAAAAGGGCGAUUGUGGUCCCCCUGGUAAAACUGGAGCAGCAGGGCUAGUUGGUCUUGAUGGGCCCCCAGGCAAGAAAGGAGACCUGGGACAAGAAGGGACACCAGGCCAACAGGGGCCUCUAGGUCUACCAGGUCUGGCUGGUCAGAAAGGCCGUAAAGGAGAAAAGGGGCAGCGUGGAUAUGAUGGGCAUCCCGGGUUCCCUGGCAAUCCAGGCAGAAAGGGCAAACGUGGUAAAGCUGGGCCCAGACCUCCAAGAGGCUCCAAAGGCCCCAAGGGCUCUCAAGGUGAACAAGGUCUCCGUGGUCCCCGGGGACCCCAAGGCCCUUAUGGUGUUCCUGGGCUCAGGGGGGGCAAGGGAGUCAAGGGGCCCAAAGGAGAAAAAGGCAUCAAAGGCAUGAUGGGCUACCUUGGUCCCCCGGGGGAUAAUGGUUUUAAGGGUAAGCGAGGUCCCGUGGGCGUUCCUGGGAGGCCAGGACCAAAAGGGGAGCAGGGUGUUGUUGGCCCACACGGUACGUGGGGAUCUGCUGGACACCCUGGCAUUCCAGUAAGCUCCCCUCCUCCUUUUUCAAACUGCACAGCAAUAAAUUCGCUGGGCUUUGCUUCUUUGUUCCAGGGACUUAAUGGGACAAGGCACAUUUGGACAAAAGUCCUCAGUGCCACCACCUUCCAUGAUUUCACAGGCCUCAAAGGCUUGGAAGGUGACGCAGGGCCAAAAGGCCCACCAGGCCCACCUGGCAUGCCUGGCGUUCCCGGACCCCCUGGUGCUUCACUGAACAUCUCCAGGGAAGACCUGAAGCAUCUGAUUUAUUCAGCAAGCAAGUUGAACUACGACUAUGUGUGGAGCCUCAUGGACAGCUUGGGACGAGAACUGAAGAUCCUGGUAGAUCCUCCAAAUGGGACCAGAGACCACCCAGCUGCCACUUGCAAAGAGCUUCUGCUGGCACAACCCCACCUCCCAGAUGGGUAUUACUACAUAGACCCCAACCAAGGCAGCCCGCAAGACUCCCUGGUGGCAUUUUGCAACUUCACGGCUGGGGGAGAGACUUGUAUUUCUCCUGUGCAGAACCAAGUCCCUAUCAAAGCCUGGUUGAGGGCAUAUGCUUUGGAAGACACCUUCCAGUGGUUCAGUUCCCUGCCUGGUGGUUUCAUGCUGGAGUACCAGGAUACAACUACUGUCCAGCUCCGUUUCCUGAAGCUUCACAGCAGCCUGGCCACCCAGAAGGUGUCGUAUUCCUGCAGACCCCACCCAGAUGGGGGCAAGCUGCAGCUGGAAAAAGAAAUCAAGUUCCUUACCGACUCCCAAGAGCAGAGUUACAUGGCUGUCCUUGAAGGAUGCACACUGGACAAUGAAUCUUCUAUCAUUGACACCAUCUUCCAUUUCUCCACGGAGGACCUUACCCUUUUGCCUGUUCGUGACCUAGCUGUGUUUCACAAUGGGGACGUCUCUCAUCAGUUCGGGUUCACGGUUGGGCCUGUUUGCUUCAGCUAAGAUUGACUUUGAACAAACGAAUGCAUCUUUCCUCUUGUGGAAGUAAAACUUGUGGAAGAAAAGAGAGAGAAAUCUUG